UCGGGUUUGAUAUACCAAGAUUAUUGACAAAUAAACUAUGUCCAGAUCAAGCAUAAAGAUCCAGCCUGGCGCUGUCAUUUGUGAAGAAAGCGAGCUGAUUGGAGAUAUAACAAUUGGAAGUAGAACAGUGAUCCAUCCAAAGGCUAGGAUAAUCGCAGAAGAUGGACCGAUUAUCAUCGGAGAAAAUAACAUCAUAGAAGAAUUAGUUCAGAUAAUCAAUAGAAAUCCAGAGGGGAAAUCUGGCACGACCCAACAAGUGAUGAUCAUUGGGAACAAUAAUGUGUUUGAAGUCGAUUCAUAUGUGGAAGCUACAAAAAUAGGGGACCAUAAUGUUGUAGAGGCUAAAGCACGGGUAGGUCGACAGGUGGAAAUGACGUCCGGUUGUAUCAUCGGGGCAAAAUGUGAAGUAUCUAUUUGUGAAGUGUUGUCUGAGAACUCGGUCAUAUACGGGUCAGAUUGCCAACGUCGGAUAGCAGCCGACAAACCUCCGGCACAGUCAUUACAGAUUGACUUCCUGGCCAAAAUCUUGCCUAAUUAUCAUUACCUUAAGAAAGUGAAAGCUGGCACACCACAGAGGAAAUAAAGAAUGACAAAGUUAUGUCAUCACUAGUGCAAUAUUUUCUUUCAUCUAACAUUUGGAUACUGGGUAUUUUGGAGGGGUGGUCUACAGCCAAUCCUCUGUCCAGCGAAUGCCCAGUUCAUUGUGCUGCAUCCUGCCAAUUUAUUUCACGCAGAAUGGACUAUUCACAGUACCAAUGUUAUGGAGUACAUUUUAGUCUGAGUGUCGGAAGACCCGCAUCAGUCAAGUUAUUUCCUCUUCUUGUGUUUUCACCAUGAAACUGCUCCAUUUUUCGUCAACAACUUGUCUCGAUUUAUUUUGCGUGGGACAGAUGUUGUAUAUUGAAUUUCCUUUCAUAUCUGGACCCAACAGUCAGAAUUGUGAACGACUUUUAAAACUUUCUUUCUGGAGAAAGUGUUGAACAAUUUACCUUGCAUGAUAUAAAGCACCCAUCAUGUUGAGGAUAAUGUACAUUGCUUUUAAGCAGAGUAGGCUUAUUUUUUGUUAAAUUGCAGGCAUGCAAUUCCAGUCUGUAUAAUAAAGAUGAGAUACAUUAA